AUGUCUUUACCACGGCUUCCUCGCUCCACGAUUCUGGCGGUCACUUUGGGGCCAUUGUUCGUCAUUUUUGCAUACAUCGGAACCAUUGCCAUCCUUCUGGUGACGGUCGACGCGCCUCGGUUUUCAACACAUUUCCUAGACGAUGUAGCCUUCCGAGCUGCGUGGAUAACAGUCGCUCAAGUCCCUCUCAUCUACCUCCUAUCAGUCAAGUGGGGUCCUCUCAAUAUUCUUGGAUCAAUCUCUUACGAACGAAUAAACUGGAUACAUCGAUGGGUGGGUCGGACUUUAUUCCUUUCAGCCUCCACUCAUAUGGGUCUUAUGAUGCAAUCGAUAUCAUUCACCGAGCUUUUCAAAUCUUCGGACAAAGCUAUGAGUGUCAUUCGCAAUGGAGCUGGUGCGUAUGGACUCCUUUUCUGGAUCGCGAUCUCAAGUAUUCUGCCAUUGCGUCGACGAUGCCACCGAAUGUUUUACAUAAACCAUUACAUUUCGACGUUGGCGUUCUUGUGGUUCGUUCUUCAACACGUCCCCAGCUAUGCCCGACCUUUCGCCUACCUGGCCUUGAGCUUUGUUCUUCUCGACAAGCUGCUGUUUUCAAUUAUGUUCUUGAGCAAAAACAUUUCAAUAAAACCAGGACAACAUUUCCGGGUAUACAUUCCCGCACUGGGGAAGUUUGAGAUGCAUCCCUUCACUCCAGCGACUUGUUCAGACCUGUCCAACGUCUCGGAACCCCUUGGAGGGCUUUCCAGUGUCGAAGAACACGUCUCACUCAUGUCCGAAGUGCCACCAUCCAUGAGCGACAUGACUCUAAUGAUUAGAGCCCAUAAAGGGUUUACUCGAAGGCUGGCGGACUAUCAUUUGAAAUGGUUGUCCUUGCCGUGUCCCAACAGCAGCAAAUCAUCAUCAACUUUAACUGCAUACUUAGACGGACCUUAUGGCGACCCGCCACGCUGGCAAGAUUAUGAAGCCCUAGUAUUCGUCGUCACCUCAACAGGAGUCAGCUUCAGCCUGGCUGUUCUAGAUUACCUAGAACAGUUGUGGCUGAAAGGCGAAGACGUGCAGACUCGAAAAAUCCGUCUUGUUUGGAUCGUGCGACACCUCGACCCCAAUUUCGAGGCCACGGUUCUGGAAACACUGGCCAGACGUUCUAUAUUAUUGCGAGAUGCUGGUGUGCGCCUUGCUUUUGAAGUUCACACCACAUGCCCACAUUCUCAGGUUGUGGAGGUAGAGAGAAACUCGCCUUUUAGCCACCAACGUCGGCCCUCAUACUUCCGCGGAAAGCUUCUACGAAUCAUCAAUCCUGACGAUAUCAUUCGAGGCGCAUAUGAACACAAAGAGGUGGAAAGAGAACCCGAACACAGCGAGGUACGGUCGAGCGCCUCGAGCGAUGGCUCGGCGACCUUAAUCGACGAGCGGGAAAGGCAGUCAAUCUCAGAAUUAGAAGAGGUGCCACUCCACCCUCAAGAGCGGAGAAGGUCCUCCUACCUGCCUUUGCUAUUCCACCAAGAAGAGCGUGCUCAAGCCAAGCCUCGGUGCAAUUGCGCUGAAAUACAACAACAGUACCACAAAUUGAAAUCGCAGCCGUAUGUAGAUUUCGUUACGCGCCGUUAUGGGUCGCGGCCGGACGUGUCCAAAAUCAUGAAGGGUUCAAUUGCUCCGUUCGAAGAAAUCAAAGCAAUGGUUGCGGUUUGCGCGAACGAACACAUUGCAAAGACUGCGAAGAACGUCGUUGCUGAGAUGAAUAUCGAUUAUGCGUUCGAUAGUCGGGCACGGUGUAUUAACAUAUUUACGGAAGGUUUUAGUUGA